AUGGAAGAAUGGAUUGAUUUAUUUUCAAGUAUUAUCAGCGAGAACCCAGAAGUAUCAGCGCAAGCAUGCAAUUCAAUUGACCAGAUGAUUUCAGAAUUUGAUUUAAAUCUCUUUAAUGCGGCGACUAUUGUAUUAAUGAAUGAACCAAUCCAAUAUAAUACGAGACACGCAGCAGGAAUUAUCUUAGGUCGCGCUUUAAAUAAGAAAAAUGGUCAAGUUAUCAAUAAAGACAUCGAAAAAUUUUGGAUAAAAGAGGAAAAUUCUCAAAUGAUAUCAACAUUAAAAGAUGCUGUACUUAAAAUCAUCAAUGAAGACACAGAUUUACUUCAAAAUGACUGUUCUUGGAUCAUUGCUUUGAUUUUUCAGAUUGAAAAAUCAAAUUUUCUUCCAUUUAUUUCAGAAAUUUUAUUAAAAUUCGAUUCACUCAAGAGUUUAUUGAUAUCUUCUACAUUAUUAAACAAUAUUUUCAAUCUUCCAUUUUAUAAAUCUCGAAUUAAAUCAGCAGGCUUUACAGAAUUACUUGGCAAAGUAUACCCAACAUAUGUUGAUCUUCUUGGUAAGCCAGUUACAGAGUUAGACAGCGACGAACUUCGAAUUUUAAUUUCAGAAACAAUUUUGAAAGGUCUUUCACUAGAAACAGAUGUAUUCAAUUCAGAAGAAUCAAUAACAAGUAUUCUGAAUGCAUUACCACAGUCUUUUCCCAUUCCAAAUCUAAAAUUAUAUCAAAAUCUGAAUUCCAUACUUUCAAGCCUUGUUAUACACUUCUACGACUUAUCACACAACUUUGUAGAUGCCGUGUUUGAGUAUACAUCGAAAGGAUUGAGCUGUGAAGAUGAAGAUUUUAUUAUCAGCAGUUUACAAGUCUGGAAUGAGAUUCUGAAUUACGAGAUCACUCUUUAUGAGAGGCAUAAGAAAGUAUUAGGAGUUGCCAACAAAUUCUUCCUAGAAUUUUUAAAUAUUUUUAUGAAUUUCGGAGAAAGAGGUGCAGCGUCAAUUUCGGAUGCGAUAUUCCAAGAAUCAUAUAAUUUACUGUAUAACGCCUUCUUAAUUGUUAAAAUAUCCAAUAAUUUUUUCCAAAAUUAUUUUCAAAUAAUUUCAAGUGUAAUUCAAGAUUGUUUCAAUGACCAAAGUAAUCUUCUUGCACUAUUCCUUGGCAUGUACCUUGUAACAGUCAUUACUUCUGAUUCUGUUUCCAAAAUUCACGCAAUUUCUGAUUUUGUUUAUUCUGAAGUCACCAACAUAGUUUUUGACCUUUUCUUUAAUAGCACAGACCAGCAAAUUGUAGCCGUAGCAGCCUGGACCAUGGGAAAGAUCUUUGAAGGCACAGUAAUCCCGAAUCACAACCGACAUGAAGAUUUCGGGAAUAUAACAGACAUAACGAACCUGGUAUUGAAUAGGAUUGAAGACCAAUUUAAACCUGAUCGAUCAAAAUACUUUUUGAUGCAUCUUUCAAAUUUAUUUCUAAAAUUAGUUAAUAAUUUCAAACUUAAAAGCGUAAUAUUCUCAGAUCUAGGGUGGGAGCACUUUUUCACCGUAUAUUUCUCUAUUUUGCAGCUUUGGCCCGAAAUUGAAGUCGAAUCUUCUUUUGCUUUUAUGAACUUUUCAAGGGGAAUCAACAAUCUUUUGGGUCUAACAAAAGAUAUCAGGGACAUUUGGCCCAAAGUUUUGAAUUCUUUAAUUGAAAUGUUGGUAUCUACCUUUAAUUCAAUAGAUGAGAAGAUUACAACGGUACAAGGAUGCUAUUUAGAGAACAUAUCUUACAUUCUGGAGCAUGGAAUUCGAUUAGUACCAGAAACUUCAACAAUUUUAAUUAAUAUUCUGAAAUACUUGUUUACAAUGAGGAUUUCCACUACAUAUGAGAUAUCACUUGACAUUUUGACCUCAUUAGUCAUCAUAAAUAACUACAAUGAAGAACUUGCAAAAUUAUAUUUAGAAUACAUGACAGAUGGCAUGGAAAGCAACGAUCCAAAUGUAAUAAUGCAAUGCGCCUCAACAGCUACUCGCUUCUUCACUAAAAUGGGGCCAUUCAGAAUAAAUUAUAUCGAAGAUUUCAAACAAUGCCUUGAUUGUUUCCUUAAAUCCCUAUCCCUUGUUGAUCCAAGUUUCACGAAUGUUGCAGUUGCAUACGUAAUUCGUGCUGUUGCUGACAUAAUUGCAGCUGCAUACGAAGAAAACAAGAUAAACAUUGAAUCAUUCAUUGAAUACGCUUAUGAACCAUUCAACAACAUAAUUACGGAUUAUGUUUGCGUUGAUAUUGAUCCAGAAUCAAUGGAAGACUUGAAUCAGUUUUAUCAAGAGAUUUCACAGGCCAUUUUCCAUGCAAUGGCUGUUUUUACGAGAAUAUACCUAUCGAAGAUGACUGUUCCUCUGCAAAAGAGCUUUCUCCAGAAAGUUUUCAAAGUUUUUAUCAAAAAAGUUGGAUUAAUUGAACCUCUCUCGAUGGAAUCAAUCAGAAACAUACUUGGAUCAAUACACGAAAUGCACAAGUACUUGAGUAAGAAAAUUAACGGGUAUUGUGGCCAUAUUUACGUUCAAAAUAUUAUUGUCAAGUACAAAAACUACCCAGACCACAUUUAUAGGGAACAAAUUGAACUAAUGUGGAUGGAUAUAUACGGAAGUUUGGAUUGUUUUAAUCAUAAUAAUAAUUAA